UCAACACAAGUCCUACUUAGCAAAAGUUUUGUCACUCCGCUACAAACACAAUUUUUUUUUUUUUUUUUUUUUUUUGGUGUUCCAUGAGUAAUCCGGAUUCGGGAAUCAGUUCUGGGUGGUUAGCUUCCAGUCCCCUCCCGAUUGUUAUUGCGGGGGAUCGAACACAAUUUGUUUAAGUACAAAACACGCUGACAUGACACUUAAGCUUAAAGGACCCGGCCUUUUGACGGGCCAGUUAUUUUUGACGCGCCGCUUUACCCUAAAAGGAAAAUGAGCUUUGCUCUUCUGGGCACUAGGCGCUCUCGUGGUUCGCGAGAAGAGAAAAGGACUCAUCCUUUGUUGCAUCUGGCACGAGAUGAUAAAGAGAGCUUCGUCUAUCAAUGAACAGCGGAUUGACGGAGCGUACCGCCCCUCUUACUCUCUCUCUCUCUAUAAAAAAAGCCUGCGGGAAGCAGACCGUGCCCAAGUCUAAUUCCUAGCAUAUGCGUGACAAAAGAAAGUCAACUGUUUAUUUCUGCAACCUUAAUGAAUAGCGAGUCAGUCCGUAAAACAAAAACCCCAGUUGUCAAGUUGAGUAACGUUUGAGACGGGGAGAAUUUUCUCCUUCCCUCUCACAUUCUUCUUCCAUCAAUAUUGUCCCACUUCUCACUUUCCAUGUGAUUUUAACUCUUACUCCACCCCUUUUAUUUUCUCUCCUCUGUUUUCUCUCUCCUCCAAUUUCCCACCCUUUUCAAUUACUCCUCUGCAUCAUCAAUUCCAGAAUUUCAGAAUUUGUUGAAUGAUUGAGGGAAAAUGAAUGGGAGAAAAAGCAUAAUAAACAGGGGAACUCUGUUUUUAUGGGUGGCAUUAACAAUUGGGGUUUGUUUUGUCACUUUAAUGUGGUUAAAAAAUCAACCUAAAAGAGUGGGUUAUAAUGAUCCGGGCCGGGCUGACCCGGUUGUUGAAAUGCCUAAAGAACGGAAAGAAGCCGAAGGCCCGAAACCGAGGUUUCAUGUAGCAGUCACGGCUACAGACACACCUUAUAGCAAAUGGCAAUGUAGGAUAAUGUACUAUUGGUAUAAGAGGGUUAAGGAUUUGCCCGGGUCGGAUAUGGGCGGGUUUACUCGGGUUUUGCAUUCGGGCCGGCCCGAUAAUUUGAUGGGGGAGAUCCCUUCUUUUGUUGUGGAUCCUCUCCCUCAUGGCCUUGACCAGGGAUAUGUUGUGCUGAAUAGACCUUGGGCAUUUGUGCAAUGGUUGGAAAAGGCAACAAUUGAGGAAGAAUAUGUCUUGAUGGCUGAACCAGACCAUAUAUUUCUUAAACCCUUGCCUAACCUAGCACACGGAAAAUUCCCGGCUGCAUUCCCAUUUUUCUACAUCAGACCAGCUGAAAACGAGAAGCUUAUCAGGAAGUUCUAUCCGAAAGGCUCCAUAUCAAAUGUGGAUCCUAUUGGAAACUCUCCUGUCAUAAUAACCAAGUCCUUGCUGAAGGAAAUCGCACCUACUUGGUUGAAUGUAUCAUUGCAAAUAAAGUAUAAUCCUGAAGCAGACCGCACUUUUGGUUGGGUGCAAGAAAUGUACGCGUAUGCCAUAGCUUCUGCAUUGCACAGUGUGAAGCAUAUUCUUCACAAAAAUUUCAUGGUACAGCCUCCAUGGGACGUGUAUAUUGGGAAAAGUUACAUCAUACAUUUUACUUAUGGUUGCGAUUAUACCAUGAAGGGAAUCCUAACUUAUGGAAAAAUUGGUGAAUGGCGCUUUGACAAGAGAUUGUAUAUAAACAGUCCUCCCCCGAAAAAUCUUACCCUGCCUCCUCCUGGCGUUCCUGAGACCGUGGUAAGACUAGUAAAGAUGGUAAAUGAAGCUACAGCCAAUAUUCCUGGUUGGUAAACCCUGUAAUCGAACGCAGUAUGUUAUGAACAUAGCAUCUACAAAGAAAUUCUUAUACAAAGCAUAGGUCUGUUUAGUUUUUGAUGGGAUGAAUAUACAGAAAAUGUACCGAAAUACUCCAUAUUUUGACAAACAGAGAAAAAAAACUACAGUGUAUUUUGUAGAGAGGGGAGUCUCCUUCCUAAUGACAUACAAAUUAUGUUAUACUUUUAACAGUUUUACCUCAACACAGAAGUAGAUGCUUGAAUUCAAUUAUGGAAGAUAAUAAAAAGAUUUACGCCGCCCUCCUUGGUUUC